AUGAUUCUGUGGAGCGGUCUGGUGGUACCAACAUUUACAAAAACCAGAUUUAUUGUCGAUAGAGAAUCUUUGUCCAUCGACAAACUCUUUCUCCAAGAUUCAUCGUCAGUUACCAGACAAGCAAUGUCUAUCAAGGGGAAGUAUUCUGUCAAAAUCAGACCACCGGCACACAACUUCACUUUCUUUUCACCAGAUUAUAAGCUUAAAGACGAAACUGCCACCUUCUGGAUACGAAACUCGAACGCUAGCUGUUCCGGCCACAUUCACGGCUAUGCGAAUGAGUUUGUGAAAUUCAAGGACAUUUUGAUUGAUCCAGGUUUAAGUCACGGACGAGACGGUGGUGAAAAUUUCACUAGUGUUCUUAACCAGGCAGAGGAAGAUGAAUACCUGACGUUUGACUCCGGCUUCUUUAAAAUAGAGUGCAAAGAAAUUCCUUCCUAUGAGUUUUCCAAAAAGAACCACCUGAACGACUGGUUGUCGGCACUGAAGGGCGUCUCCAAGUUCAAAAUGAAUCUCGACUACGCACUGGAGACUUGCUUCACGAUAGCCGUCACCCGCUAUGAAUACGUUAAUUUCUACCACACGAUGACGGAUUUUUAUAAUGUUUUCUUAAUGCUAAUUAUCUUCAAGCAACAGCCACAUAAUGUCCGCAUCUUGUGGGUCGAUUCGCAUCCGAUCGGCUCGCUGGACGUCGUGUGGAAUAAACUUUUCACAGGUUACACAAGAUUGAAAACAAUCAAACGACCAGUUCUUUUCCGUCAUCUUGUUUGGAAUAUUAUGGGAUACAACAGCCCUCUAUUACAGUUCGAUCAUCCAAAUUUGCCCUACGUGGAGGAGUUUAGGGAGUUCUUUUUGCGAAAAUACAACCAGUCUUUGACGAAGAAGCUAGAUUGCCAUAAACUGAACGUUCUUUUCAUAUGGCGCCGGGAUUAUGUCGCCCAUCCGAGAAAUCCAAAAGGCUUAGUGUCGCGUAAAAUCCAUAACGAAGACGAUCUACUGCGACACGCGCGAAAAUUUCUCACUGGCCAGCACAGUGUCAGAGGUGUACAAGUCGAUCUGUUCCCAAUGGAGCAGCAAUUAAAAUGGAUAAGCGAAACGGACAUUUUAGUUGGUAUGCACGGUGCCGGGUUGACGCAUGCGCUUUUUCUACCCAAGCAUGCCGGGGUCAUGGAGUUUUACCCGACGUACUGGUCGGACACGAACGCUCACUUCCGUUCGAUUGCCCGGUGGCGAAACCUCAAUUCUCCCUCUCCCUCAUUCAUUUUUCUUUCUUUCUCCCUUUCUCAUAUUCUUUUUUCUUUCUUUUUCUUUAGUCUUUCUUUUCUUUCUUUUUAUUUCUUUCUUUCUUUCUUUCAUUUAUAUUUCCUUUCUUUCCCCCUUCUCUUAUUCGUUUUAUUCUUUACUUUCUUUUCUUUCUUUAUUUCCUCCUUUCUUUCAUUCUUUCGUUCUUUUCUUUUUCUUUAUUUUCUUUAUUCUACCUCUCCCUCAUUCAUUUUUCUUUCUUUCUUUCUUUCUUUCUUUUCUUAUAUUCUUUAUUCUUACUUUAGUUCUACCUCUCCCUCAUUCAUUUUUCUUUCUUUCUUUCUUUCUUUCUUUUUUCUUUUCUUAUAUUCUUUAUUCUUACUUUAUUCUACCUCUCCCUCAUUCAUUUUUCUUUUUCUUUCUUUCUUUUUUUUUCUUUUUUAUAUUUUUUUCUUUCUUUCUCUCAUUUUUUCUUUCUUUCUUUUCUUUUCUUAUAUUCUUUAUUCUUAUUCUUAUUUUAUUCUACCUCUCAUUCAUUUUUCUUUCUUUCAUUUUCUUUUUUCUUUUCUUAUAUUCUUUAUUUUCUUUUUCACUCAUUCAUUUUUCUUUCUUUCUUUCUUUCUUUCUUUCUUUUCUUAUAUUCUUUAUUCUUACUUUAGUUCUACCUCUCCCUCAUUCAUUUUUCUUUCUUUCUUUCUUUCUUUAUUUCUUUCUUUUCUUAUAUUCUUUAUUCUUACUUUAGUUCUACCUCUCCCUCAUUCAUUUUUCUUUCUUUCUUUCUUUCUUUUCUUAUUUUUUUCUUUUCUUUCCCUUUAUUUUCUUUCUUUUUUUUCUUUCUUUUUUUUCUUAUAUCUCUUUAUUCAUUUUCUUUUUUUUUCUUUCUUUCCUUUUCAUUUUUAUUCUUUCUUUCUUUUUCAUUUUCUUUUUUUUUCUUUCUUUCUUUCUUUCUUUUCUUAUAUUCUUUAUUCUUACUUUAUUCUACCUCUCCCUCAUUUCUUUUUUCUUUUUUCUUUUCUUUUUUUCUUUUUAUUCUUUCUUUACCUCUUUUCAUUUUCUUUCUUUCUUUUUUUCUUUCUUUCUUUUCUUAUAUUCUUUUAUUCUUACUUUAGUUCAUUACCUUUCCCUUUCAUUCAUUCUUUUCUUUCUUUAUUCUACUCUCUCCCUCAUUCAUUUUUUUUUUUUUUCUUUCUUUUUCUUUUUCUUUCUUUUCUUUCUUUCUUUAUUCAUUUUCUUUUUUUUCUUUCUUUAUUUCUUUUUUCUUUUCUUAUAUUCUUUAUUCUUACUUUAGUUCUACCUCUCCCUCAUUCAUUUUCUUUCUUUUUUCUUUCUUUCUUUAUUUCUUUCUUUUCUUAUAUUCUUUAUUCUUACUUUAUUCUACCUCUCCUCAUUCAUUUUUCUUUCUUUCUUUCUUUUUCUUUCUUUAUUUCUUUUUUUUUUUUUUUUUUUCUUUCUUUUCUUUCCUUUCAUUUUUCUUUCUUUCUUUUUUCUUUCUUUUUUCUUAUAUCUUUUCUUUAUUCUUAUUCUUUUAUUCUCUCUCCCUCAUUCAUUUUCUUUCUUUUCUUUCUUUUCUUUUCUUAUAUUCUUUAUUCUUACUUUAUUCUACCUCUCCCUCAUUCAUUUUUCUUUCUUUCUUUCUUUCUUUCUUUCUUUCUUUCUUUAUAUUUUUAUUCUUACUUUAGUUCUACCUCUCCAUUCAUUUUCAUUCAUUUUCUUUUCUUUUUUCUUUCUUUCUUUCUUUCUUUCUUUUCUUAUAUUCUUUAUUCUUACUUUAGUUCUACCUCUCCCUCAUUCAUUUUUCUUUCUUUCUUUCUUUCUUUCUUUAUUUCUUUCUUUUCUUAUAUUCUUUAUUCUUACUUUAUUCUACCUCUCCCCAUUCAUUUUUCUUUUUUCUUUCUUUCUUUCUUUCUUUUUUUUCUUUAUUCUUACUUUUUAGUUUACCUCUCCUCAUUCAUUUUUUCUUCUUUUUCUUUCUUUUUAUUCUUUUCUUUAGUUCUUACUUUAUCUUCUACCUCUCCCUCAUUCAUUUUUUUUUUUCUUUCUUUUUCUUUUCUUUAUUUUCUUUUUCUUUCUUCAUUCAUUUUUUUCUUUCUUUCUUUCUUUAUUUCUUUCUUUUCUUAUAUUCUUUAUUCUACCUCUCCCUCAUUCAUUUUCUUUCUUUUUCUUUCUUUUUUUCUUAUAUUCUUUAUUCUUUAUCUCCUCAUUCUUUCUUUCUUUUCUUUAUUUCUUUCUUUUCUCAUUCAUUUUAUUCUUUCUUUAGUUUACCUUCUUUCAUUUUUUUUCUUUCUUUCUUUCUUUUCUUAUAUUCUUUAUUCUUACUUUAGUUCUACCUCUCCCUCAUUCAUUUUUCUUUCUUUUCUUUCUUUCUUUCUUUCUUUCUUUUCUUAUAUUCUUUAUUCUUACUUUAUUCUACCUCUCCCCUCAUUCAUUUUUCUUUCUUUCUUUCUUUCUUUUUUUCUUUUCUUUUUUCUUUAUUCUUAUAUUCUUUUAUUCAUUCAUUUUUCUUUCUUUCUUUCUUUAUUUAUUUCUUUCUUUUCUUAUAUUCUUUAUUCAGUUCUUUUCCUCAUUCAUCUUUUUUUCUUUUCUUUCUUUCUUUUUUCUUAUAUUCUUUAUUCUUACUUUAGUUCUACCUCUCCCUCAUUCAUUUUUUUUUCUUUUUCUUUCUUUUUCUUUCUUUCUUUCUUUUUCUUUUCUUAUAUUCUUUAUUCUUACUUUAUUCUUUCUCCCUCAUUCAUUUUCUUUCUUUCUUUCUUUUUCUUUUUUUUCUUUCUUUCUUUUUCUUUUCUUAUAUUCUUUAUUCUUACUUUAUUCUACCUCUCCCUCAUUCAUUUUUUUUUCUUUUUUCUUUCUUUCUUUUUUUUUCUUAUAUUCUUUAUUUUAUUUUUUCUUCUCCAUUUUCUUUCUUUCUUUCUUUCUUUCUUUUCUUUCUUUCUUUCUUUCUUUUCUUUAUUUCUUUUUUUAGUUCUUUCUCCCUCAUUCUUUUUUCUUUCUUUUUUUCUUUCUUUCUUUCUUUUUCUUUUCUUUAUUCUUUAUUAUCAUACUUUUUUUAACCUGAUAUAUCCUUUGCAUUCUUUCCUUUUUUCUUUCUUUCGUUCUUUCUUUCUUUCUUCCUUUCUUUCUUUCUUUCUUUCUUUCUUUCUUUCUCCUUUCUUUUGUUUGUUUCUUUGUUUAUUCUUUCUUUUUCCUUUCUUUCUUAUAUUCUUUAUUCUUACUUUAGUUCUCCCUCUCUCUCAUUCAUUUUUCUUUUCGUUCUUUCUUUCUUUCUUUCUUUCUUUCUUUCUUUCACAUAUUCGUUUUUUCUUACUUUAUUUCUUUCUUUCUUUCUCUUCUCCUAUUCUUUUUUCUUUCUUUAGUUCCCCUCCCCCUCAUUCUUUCUUUCAUUCAUUCAUAUUUCCUUUCUUUCUUUCGCUUCUCUUAUUCAUUUUUCUUGCUUUACUUUCCCCUCUCCCUCUUUCUUUCUUUCUUUUUUCUUACUUUACUCUCCCCUAUCUCUCAUUCAUUCUUUCUUUCUUUCUUUCUUUCUUUCGCUUCUCUUAUUCUUUUUUCUUACUUUAG